AUGCGGCGGAUUUCACGACAGCCUCCUCCGCCAAGUAUUAAUUUGGUUUCGCUCGGGAUGAGCCAUCAAACAAACAUUCCUGUUAGCGACCCUCUAAGUUCAGAGGCAAUGUUUGCAGCAGGGGUGUGCACGGUCCGAUUUACCCUCAAAUUGGUAUCGAAAUCGAAUAUUGCACACAGCCCAGUUCAUUUCGGUUUGGGAAUGUAA